UUCCCAGACCGUCUCUCUGAGCGCAGCGCAGUGUGUGGAGUGUGUUCCACGCAUGCCCAGGUUGUAGCGCUACGUCGAUCGACCGUGCCGGACCACGGUGCAAUCGGGAGUCGCCAUCAUUGUCUCCUACCUCCAGGAGACCAGUGGAAACAGAUCGCAGCCCAACCUGUGAGGAGUAAGAGCCGAUGCCCACGACCGACUCCCGCUGGACAAACGGUCGGGCCCCAGCGGGGAGGAGCCGCCCCGGCCGGACAGGAAGCCCACGAUCCCUACCAGGCUGCUUGCGCUGCCCGCAGGAAGGAGCCGCCUGACGUGUGGAAGGAUGUGACAGCUGCAAGUUGCCCUUUAUGGUCGGACCUUGGAGUUCCACCCCGAGCGGCGACCGCACGUGAUCGCGGCAGCGGAGUCGGAUAAAGGGGGUGGGCGGAACCGUGAGCGGUAGCAGAUGUGCCGGAGGAGCAGCUGAGCCUCUCGUGCUUCGGACCAGGGUGCGACCCGCUAGUUCGUGCGCCAUGUUGCGGUUGCGGUCCUGUUGGGUCCUCUUGUCCGCUCUCACACUGGGAGGGAGCUGGAGAGGGGUCCUCUGCGCAGCCAAUGGGGGGAGCGACCGAAACUGCACCAGCAACCCACCGUACCUCCCUCCGACGGUCGUCAACAGCACCCGGCAGCUGCAGGGCCUCCGGCUCGAAAUGAGCGCGCUCAAAAUCCACGCCUACAUCAUCCCAGGGACCGACGCCCACCUGAGCGAAUACAUCGCCCCUCGCGACGCACGGAGGGCCUGGAUGACGGGCUUCACGGGCUCCGCCGGCACGGCGGUGGUGACGCAGACGCGCGCCGUGCUGUGGACGGACAGCCGGUACUGGGUCCAGGCCGAGCGCCAGAUGGACUGCAACUGGGAGCUGGAGAGAGACUCCUCGGUAAUGAGCAUUGCUCAGUGGCUCAUCCAGGAGGUUCCUCCAGGCCAGCAGAUCGGCUUCGACCCGUUCCUCUUCUCCAUUGACACUUUCCGGGCCUUUCACGACCAUCUGGCUCCUGCCAACCGCGUCCUGAAGUCCAUCGCUGACAACCUGGUGGACAAGCUGUGGGAGGGGCGUCCGGAGAUCCCACCCGACAACCUCACGCGCCUUCAGGACACCUUCGUGGAGAGAAGCUGGCAGCAGAAGGUGGACGAGAUCCGAGAGCGGAUGAUGGAGAACCCCUACGAGCCCACGGCCGUCCUGCUGUCUGCCCUGGACGAGACGGCCUGGCUGUUCAACCUCCGCGGCAAUGACAUCCCCUACAACCCCUUCUUUUACUCCUACACCCUGCUCACCCUCGACAAUAUCUGGCUGUUCGUACACAACCGCCGAGUCCCGGAGGAGCUCAGGGAAUACCUCAACGCGUCAUCGCCCUGCCAGGGACCCCACUGCGUCCAGCUGCCCGGGUACGAGAGCGUCCGCCAGCACCUGCAGAGCUACGUGGCGCAGCCCGAUGUGAGGGUGUGGAUCGGCACGGAGUAUACCACCCAGGCGCUCUUCGAGAUCAUCGCUCCCGAGGAGAAGCUGCUGACCAGUGACUACUCCCCGGUGCUCAUCGCCAAAGCGGUGAAGGACGAGACGGAGCGGCACGUGCUGAGACGGGCUCAUGUAAGGGAUGCGGUCGCGGUCAUCCAGCUUCUCUACUGGCUGGAGAAGAACGUCCCCGGAGGCCAGGAGACGGAACUGACCGCCGCUCGCUUUGUGGAAAACUGCCGCAGCAACCAGGCGUUGAACAAGGGCAGCAGUUUUGAAACCAUCUCGGCCAGCGGACCCAACGCGGCGCUGGCCCACUACAGCCCCACCGACGAGACGUGCCGGAAGCUGCGAGUGGAGGAGAUGUACCUGAUCGACUCGGGGGGACAGUACCUCGACGGCACGACCGACAUCACCCGCACCCUUCACUGGGGGACUCCCACCGACUUUCAAAAGGAGGCCUACACACGCGUGUUGAUGGGGAAUAUCGAGAUCUCCAGAACCGUCUUCCCCGCGGGGACGAGAGGUAUCAACAUAGAGAUGCUGGGCCGCAGGGCGCUGUGGGAGGUCGGCCUGAACUACGGACACGGAACGGGACACGGCGUGGGGAACUAUUUCGGGGUCCAUGAAUGGCCCGUGGGUUUCCAGUCCAACAACAUCCCGUUUCAGGAGGGCAUGUUCACCUCCAUCGAGCCUGGAUAUUACAAGGAGAACGACUUUGGAAUAAGGAUCGAAGACGUCGCUGUUGUUGUACCUGCGAAAACAAAGCACGGUCACGGUUACCUGACCUUUGACACGGUGUCGCUGGUGCCUUACGACCGGAAGCUGAUCGACACGUCCCUUCUGAGCCCAGAGCAGCUCCGGUGGCUGGACUCGUACUACCUGAAGAUCCGCACGACGCUGGGACCCGUGCUGAAGGAGCAGAACCUCAGCGAGGAAUUUGAUUGGCUGAUGACGAACACGGAGCCCUUCCUGUCCGCUGCCGCAGACGCCAGCCCCGGCCCCAGCCCCUCAGCGCUGGUGGUGAUGACUGGAGUGCUGCUCCUGGUGUUCUAAACCCAACUGGGCCUCAACACCAUUCGGAUACACACACACACAAGGCUGCGGAGUGGCUCGCUCCACUCUUUUCAGGGACUCUUUAUAUGAAAGCUUCUUGUUAAUGUAGAACGUGAGGGCUUUGCUGAAUUGGGUUUUCGUCUCGCUUGUGACCGUUGUGUUUGUGCGACAAAAAUGUCACCGCUUCCCAAAGUCAGAGAAAUACCGUCUUUAACUUUUAGCGUCUCGAGCUCUUUCCCAAAUUUCUGUCUGCACGUGACUCCGUUUCUUCGUGAUUAUUAAAGGUGAACAGCAGUUAUGUCGACAUGUAAGCACUGUACAGUGUUUUACGCUGACAAUUUGCAUCAUGCGUGAGCCUAAAUAAAAUUGAUCCAUAACGUUGUUGGCCCCAGUGGAAUGAUCUUCAUGAAGGGACAGCUGGUGGUGGUUAGAGCUGUUGCUUUUGGACCCAAAAGGCGCAGGUUCGAACCCCGCCUCCGGCUAUAGCACCCCCGCGCGAGGUCCGUCCGUCCGAACCGC